AUGCCUAUUCAUUAUCAUUAUCAACACUUAAAUAAUCAAAAGAAAGAUAAGAAGCCCAUUGUCUCCUUAUCUAAUCCGUUUCUAAACCGAAUCCUUGCCGAAACGGUAGCUAAAGACCCGGAAACACCAGAUUAUGAAAAAAGUGCAUCAGUAGAGGCUGUCCCGGUUCUAUCAACACUUACAUCUUUAGGUUUAGUCACUUCUAUUAACUUGCUCUAUCUCUUGUUCCCUCUUCUAUUGAUAUACAUCUACAAAUGUUCACGUGUACCUCCACCUGUUAAUAAUGCAGCAAGCACCUCUAUUAAACCUAUUAACAUUUUAAUCAAUCUGGUUUACAUCUUUGUUAUGAUUCUUCUUCUCAAAAAGAUUCAAUCUACUAGUUAUGUUGUUCAAAAUCAAGCAGAUAAAGAAUCAAAAACAUUUUGGCAAAAACACAGAUCUCAACUUAUUAUUACAGUGGGUAUUAUGUGUUUUUCUAGUAUUCUUAUGGCUGUACUUGGUUUUACUAAAGUCCUAGCUCUAGUUCUCUUGUUCUCAAUUAUUUGUCUGAUUAUUACACAACUAUUAGCUACUUUAGAUCUUGGUCUUAAUAGUUAUGAUACAAUCUCAGCUAAAGCUCGUAAAAAGCGCACAAUCUGCUUGGUUAUUCUCAUGUCUAUCUUCUUCAUUUUCUUUAUUGGUGUGCUUAUCACUGUCAUGGGCAUUAACAUUAAGAAACAAGCACUUUUGAACAGAUUGGAAGAACUAGAUCGAAAACAACCUGUCACAUAA